AUGGCGGAUUUGCAAAACGGUGUUGAAGUGGUAUGCCAUCUGGCUCCUGGUAGCCGUUUUAAUUCAAAUGUUUUAGUGUGUGAAAAUCUACAUACAUACCACAAAAAUAACCUUGAUGCUGGUGGUUUUCGCUGUAGCGAAUCAAAGAACGGUUGCCCGGCAAGGCUUUUAGAAGAUGGGGCAUAUUUUAUGACCACUGGCCAUGAUGGGCACGAUAACAAAGAAGAUCAUUUGAAGUAUUGUGCCAUGAAACAACGAAUGUUGGAGAGGGCACGUGACACACGACAAAGAAGUCGGAUGAUUUUUGAAGAAGAAAUUCGCGACAUGAAUCCUGGAGUGCCGAUAGCGUAUGACGCCAACCUCGAACGUGCAAUGCAGCGUGCAAGACGAUCAGCGCAACCUCCAGUGCCACAAACGAUAGACGAAGCAGAGGCUUCCUUAAUAGCUAGCGAGCUAUACAAUAAAACAGCAGAUGGAACUUCAGUUUUCUAUCAUGGACGAGUUUCAACUCCAACCGGCACUGCUCUCGUGUUUAUCAGUCUGGCCAUGCUACCACUGCUUCGAACGUCAGAAGAAAUAGCAUGCGACGGAACGUUUGCCACUUUGCCGUUGCUGUUUUCGCAGUUAUUCACGUUGCACGUUGCGGCAUAUAGAUAUAUGUUUCCACUGGCUUAUGCUGUCAUGUCUGAAAAGACUCAAUCACUAUACCAGUUGGUUCUUGAUCGUAUUCUACAUGCAAUUUUCCGAAAAGUUUGUACAGAAGGAUUACGACAGUCUUAUAUGCACCGACCAAAUGUCAAGAAAAUUGUUAAAAUGCUUAUUGCACUCGCUUUGUUGCCUGCCGCACAAGCUCACCAAGGGUUUAUGGAUAUCUGCCAAUCAUCAGUUGUCUUACUGCAAGAUGAAACUCCUGAUGUCAGGGCUAAAAUGCAAAUCAUUUAUGAAUACAUGGGAAGUUAUUGGUUCCAGAUAGUCACUCCAGAUCGUUUUAGCGUCAAUGGGCAGCCCAGGCGUACAAUGAAUGAGGUAGAAUCUUUCCACCGAUGGUUCAACAGGCAAUGUGGAAAAUAUCAUCAGAAGUACUUGCAAAAAGUAGAAGCAAGUCCCGUAAAGGACUACAACCUCGCCCGAUCAGGACGGCUUAUUCGACGAGAACAUGCCAAGAAACAAACAGAAAAGGAUGCGCGUAUUAGGACUUUUUGCCAAUCUUUGGACAACCGUGAAAUAACGGUUUACCGGUUUCUUGAAAUGUGUUCGAGAUUUUUCGAACCUCUGCAUAAUCCUGCACCAUUAGGCGGCCUUUUAGCUGAUCCCUUUGACUCAGACCAUGAAAACUCUGUUUCCGAUGAGUCUUUGGAAGAAGACCAACAAGGCGCUGAUGUUGGACCUGACGUCAAUCGAAGAGCUGCUCGUGUCCGUCGACAUCGUGGUGUUCGACGAGGUGAUGGUGUUCGACGAGGGGAUGGUGUUCGACGAGGGGAUGGUGUCCGCCGAGCUGCUGUUGUCCGUCGGGCUGGUGGUGUCCGUCGAGCUGCUGGUGUCCGUCGGCUUGCUGAUGCUGGACGUGGUGGUCGUAUGGGAAAUGUUCCACUAGUAGAGGACGGUGCACAACUAGGGAACGAAAGAGAGGUCCGACGUCGAGGACGCGGAAUGGGUGGUGGAGCUAUUGGUGCUGCAGUCCACUUGCUCGGCGAAGAGCCACAUGGUCCUGUUUUGGUUCCAGUUGCAGUACCGGGAAUACAAGAUUUUGACGAUCUCGUACGAGAAGCUAUAGUUGAUGCUGGAAUAGAUAUUGACGUUGCUGAGGACCAAGUGCAGAUACCGCCACCGAUCGUCGAAGAGGAUCAGCAGCAACAUCAUUUCGUCGACAUGAUUUGUGAAAUUUGUUUCAACAAUCCUAAAUCUUUUUUUUCAGGCCUUGUGGCCAUUUAUUUUGCAAUGUUUGUGCUGACAGGGUAG